UCCUAUACUGAAUUCCCAGUCCUCCCCUAACAAGAACCUCUCAGUGUUCCUUCCUUCCCUUCUCCCGUCCAGUGAUUUGCUAUUGCCAUUCUCACUUGCUCGCAUUAAUUGCCUGGUCUUCUCUAUCUUUGUCUAGUCUGGGUCGGCUGUAAGUACACGCUAUUCAUACACCAAUGUGACUGUUGCAUGAUGGCGUGAAAUUACAAGCAUCUCUGCACUUCAUGCUUUGCUUUCUUUUCCCACUAUUCUCACAGUCUACAUUUCUCCGAAUCAAACACCAUGCAGCGACUAAUUCAGUAUAUUACAGUGCGCAUCAUGGCUUCUCGCCCAGACAAAGACAUGAGUAAUCAUGAAAAGAUUCAUGAGUCAGAAGCCUCGUCUUCUACUCAGACCGACACCAUUCUUGAUCCAGCGACCGAAAAGGCUCUGGAACAGCAACAAAAGCCUCAAACGCUUCCGUCAGACCCUAACGCUGGAACUACUCUACACCAACUAGAGAAUGCCGCGUCCGAAAAGGUUGAGCUGACUGAGGAAGACUGCUACGACCAACUCGGCUAUGCCUUUCCCAGCUGGAAGAAGUGGAUGAUCAUUUCGGUCAUCUUCCUUGUUCAAACAUCAAUGAAUUUCAACACCAGUCUCUACUCGAAUGCCCUCACCGGUAUAUCCGAAGAAUUCGGAGUCAGCAUGCAAGCUGCUCGGUGUGGUGCCAUGAUUUUCUUGGUCCUCUACGCCUUUGGUUGCGAGCUAUGGGCUCCCUGGAGUGAGGAACUAGGUCGGAAGCCUAUCCUACAGCUCAGUCUGUUCCUUGUGAAUAUUUGGCAACUUCCCGUUGCUCUCGCCCCCAAUUUCGCAUCGAUCAUGGUGGGACGUGCUCUUGGAGGUCUCAGUUCAGCUGGUGGUUCAGUUACCCUGGGUAUGAUCGCGGAUCUUUGGGAAGCAGAUGACCAGCAAUAUGCUGUCGCCUGCGUCGUAUUCUCUUCUGUGGGUGGCUCCGUGAUCGGGCCAGUCGUUGGAGGAUUUGUGGAAGCAUAUCUGCCGUGGCGCUGGAACAUCUGGAUUCAGCUCAUAUUCGGGGGUUUCGUGCAGGUGGCGCACUUGCUUCUGGUACCUGAGACCCGGACAACGAUCAUGAUGGACCGUAUCGCGAAGAAGCGGAGGCAGAGCGGCGAAGACCCCAAUAUCUAUGGACCGAACGAGCUCGUCCCUUUCAGGGAACGUUUUUCGAUGCGCGAAGUCCUCAUCACCUGGAUCCGUCCCUUUAAGAUGUUCUUGACGGAGCCGAUUGUCCUCACUCUGUCUCUUCUGAGUGGCUUCAGUGAUGCCCUGAUCUUCAUGUUUAUUCAGUCGUUCAGCCUCGUGUACGACCAGUGGGGGUUUGGCACCGUGGAGCUAGGACUGUCGUUCCUUCCCAUCCUCGUGGGUUACUUCAUUGCAUGGGGCGCUUUCAUCCCAGUCAUUAGAAGGAAUAUUGAGGAGCGACGCAGGAAGUUUGACGAUGAGCGGGCUCAGUACGAGUCUCGGCUUUGGUUCCUUCUCUAUACAGCCCCCUGCUUGCCCAUUGGCUUGAUUGGCUUCGCGUGGACCAGUUUGGGGCCUCCUGUCCACUGGAUUGGGAGCAUGGUAUUCUCUGCCAUCGUCGGUAUUGCCAACUACAGCAUCUACAUGGCCACUAUCGAUUACAUGAUCUGCGCAUACGGACCGUACUCGGCUUCUGCAACGGGCGGCAACGGAUGGUCGCGAGACUUUUUGGCUGGUGUGCUCACCAUCCCUGCCACACCAUUCUUUGAAAACAUUGGCGGUAAAUACCACCUGGAAUACGCGUCUACCAUUCUAUUCUGUAUCUCUUUCCUCCUGGUCAUUGCAGUAUACGUUAUCUACUGGUACGGACCAGCACUUCGCAAGCGAUCGCCGUUUGCCCAACAGCUGUCGGACGCAAGAGUCGAGCUUCAGACUCAUGGCCGACGGCUGUCUAAGAUUCCUUCCGGUUCAAGGGCAAAUUCCUUUGCGCGUUCGCAACAGAACCUACGCAUUCGUCACACGCUCGGAAGUCGUCCUGGCAGUUACAUAGCAUCCCGCCCGGCCUCGAAUGUCAACUCCCGGGUCAACUCCCGGGUCAACUCGCGAAGAAACAGCCUUUCUCGUUAAACUUCUGCCGAAAUCAUCGCGCAUGCGACAUGAAACGCUCGGAUACAUUCUUACGAUGUCACUGAGACGAUUAAUGAGCUUUGAUACCAAUUAUGGCCGAUGCCUUUGCAGGUCAUAAACGUUGUUUGCUUUUCUCUCUAUGAUCCACUGACUUGUCCCUUAUAUAUUUUGUCCGGAAACGGGUUGGGCCUACAAAACCCAAUAGUAUGUGCGUGACAUUCAUUUUCAGUUCGAGGCAAGGCGCUGGCAGUUG